UGCCUUUUCCUUCCUCUGGUGGACCACCCAAAGAGCACAAUGCAUGUAUGGCACAAUCUAACAGAGAGAAGGAGCGGUCAGGCGAUUUCAUAAAGGGACAGCGACAGGACUGGUUAGACGUUUGGAGUGUCUGGUCAAGCACAGUCUAGUUUCAAGAUGUGUGUGUACGGCUGUUUCCUCACCAGCUCGGUGCUGCUCCUCUCGUUGAUGGCAUCAGUGUGUUCACAAACCUGCAAUGGCCCUUUUAUCCACCCCCCUCAUCUGCUGGUUAGAUAUGGAGAUUCUGCCCAGGCAAACUGCACCACCACAGACAAUGCAGUAAACAUGAUAGGAUGGGAAACGCCUGUGGGAGCUGCAAGUGAAGGUGGUGCACACCUCCUCUGGACAGUAGCCAGUGUGACUGAAUGGGCUCUGACAGACGGUAUACAGUGUUACACAGUGUCUGAUACACAGGGACAGUGUUUACAUCAUCUCAACAUUACAAUAUACAAGCCUCCUGCCAGAGUGUCCAUUCAUGUUGUAAAUGAUGUUGGUGAGUUUGUUGAGGGGCAGCUUGUCCAGCUACAGUGUGUGAUAGAGGAUGUGGCUCCAUAUGACCAUCUCAGCGUGACAUGGUUUAAAGGUCAGCAGCAGCUCUCACAUGCCCCCAUCAGUAACACCACAGUCCAUGGAGAUAGAAGUGAAAAUGUGACGGUGACACAAACACUUCAGCUCACUGCCAGCAGAGAGGAGCAUGGAGCCCAGUACAGAUGUGAGGCUGAGCUCCAGCUCGAAGGACUUCAGACUCAUCUGGUGAAGAGCUCAGCGCCCCUUUGGAUUUAUGUGCUUUUUGCUCCUGUGAUCAACUGUUCAUCAAAGGUCCAGCUGCUAGAGCAUGAGAGACUGCCCAACUGCACAGCUGAGGGCAACCCCUCUGCAAAGGUCACCUGGUUCAAAGGUCACCAGCAGGUGGAUCCCCAGUCAGCUCUAAGGAGGAAGGAUGGAGGCCAGUAUACUGUGAUGGCCAAAAACAGUUUGGGAGAUUCCAACCAAACUGUGGAUAUUGAGAUUUUGUUUGCCCCUGAGAUCAGUUGCUCUAUGAAGGCCCAGGUGAAAGAGAACGACAUACUUCCCAAGUGCACAGCUAAUGGCAACCCUCCCCCAGAGGUCACCUGGUCCAAAGGUCAUUCGGUGGAUCCGCUGCUGCCCCUGAGCCGGGCGCAGGGAGGCCGGUACACUGUGACUGCCAGGAACGGUGUGGGAGCUGUCAAUCAAACUCUGAACAUUGAGAUUUUGUAUGGCCCAGUGAUCACCUGCCCUCCAAAACUGGAGGUGAGGGAGAAUGAGGCUCUUAGUGGCUGCGUAGUCGAUGGCAAUCCUCCACCAGAGGUCACCUGGUACAAAGGAAACCAUAAAUCGAAUCCCGUAUCCCGUCAAUUUGACCCCAUGUCCAAACUGGGCAAAAUGGACGGAGGAAGUUAUACAUUGUUUGCUGAAAGCAAGCCUUAUGCUUCAGUCCACAGUACCGUGGACGUGGUUAUUAUCAGCAAAGGUAAUAUCAUUUCCAUGUCUGGUGGUUGUGUGUUACUAGUGGUGCUGUUCAGUCAAAUCUUUCACUGACUACGAAUGGAUAUUUGAGCUCCUGAUGGAAUCUACACAUCUUCUGACUGGCCAAUGGGCAAAUAAGUGCCAUCAUUUGACAUCUUAGUCCAAAAUGACGGACUGGACGGAACUCUGAUUUUGUAAAGUACGCUCUUCUCGGGCCAUAGCACUUUUAUCAGUUCAUCUCAAUUGUCUGAAAUAUUCUCAACUUCGGGCACAUGGACAUGCAGUCAAACUCCUAUAUAUUU